AUGGAUGUGGCUAACACAAGGCAAAUGUAUCUAGCUGGUGCUGUUGCUGCUGCUUAUGUGUCUAACUUUUUUGGCGCUCUUGCUGAUCAUAUAUACCAUCAACCCCAUUUUGAGCCUCCAGUAUUGUCACAAAGGCUCAAAAUUGCAAUGGGGAAGCUAAUGCAGUUGCAUAUCUCCACUUGGAUUCCCCAGGCCUAUUGUUUUCGAAAUAUCAAACCAUCAAGAAUCUUUCUCAAUGAAAAUUAUGUUGCCAAGCUGUUUGAUUUUUCACUUUCUGUGACUAUUCCGAAGGCACACAUAUAUGACUUUGCGCAGCAAAAAUGGAGGCUGAUUAUUGGUUUUGAUCAUCAGAAGGAUAAGAAAAAGGUAGAUGGCAAACCAUUCUUAAGGAAUGGCGCAAUUUUAUUAGAGAAGUUGAUUACCUCGUCUAAUGGUAAACAAAAUCCAAUUAGAAGUUUCUCCAUUGAAGAGCUCAAGAGGGCAACGAAUAACUACCAGAUACAGAAACUUAUACCAGGUCAUGCUUAUCACCUUAAGUUUUACAAAGGCUUCCUAGAUCGCCUUAUUUUUGUUAUGAAGUAUAUAGAGCCUCAAACACAAUAUUCUGUACAAAACUUUUGCUUUAACAACAUUGUAUUUGCAUCAAAAAUAAGCCACAAAAAUAUUUUGAAGUUCAUCGGAUGCUGCUUGGAGACUGAAAUUCCCAUUCUAGUUUUUGAAUGGGUAGAAAAUUACUCUCUUGAUGAUCAUAUUCACCGCCGUCAUGAACUCAAUUCUGAGCCUUUACUAUGGAGGCAUAGGUUGAAGAUUGCAAUGGAAAUCGCUAAUGCAGUGGCAUAUAUUCACUUUGGACUCCCCAGACCAAUUGUUUUUAGAGACAUCAAGCCUUCAAAUAUCUUGUUAGAUGAACAUUUUGUUUCCAAACUCAAUAAUUUUUCAUUAUCAGCUCCUAUUCCAGAAGGUGAAACCCACAUAAAAAAUGAUCCCCUAAUUGGGACAGUGGAUUACAUUGCACCAGAGUGCUUUCGUACAAAUGAAUGUGAUGAGAAGUGCGAUGUUUAUAGUUUCGGUAUAGUACUACUUGAGCUUUUCACUGGACAGAAAAUCCGCCGUCUUGUGGGAGAAGAUGAGCAUUUUACAAUAUUAAUGGACUGUAUGGUGAAGCAUAUCGGAGAUAAUAUUACAGUUCGAUAUUUUUGGGCUACCUACGUGAAGAAACAUAUUGACAACAAUACAUUUAAUGAGAUAGUAGAUCCUAUUAUUACCGGAGAAGGAUCAUAUCCCGGGAAAGAGCAGCAGUUGCAGGCCUUUAUAGAUCUUAUCUUUCGAUGUCUAAACACACCAGAAGAAAGACCAACGAUGAUUGAUGUGGCAAAGCAACUCAAGCAAAUUUAUCGAUCUGCUACAAAUUAA